AUGGAUUCUCUUAACUGUCCUCUUACAUGCGAUAUUUUUCGUGAUCCCGUCAUUGGACAAGAUGGCCACACAUAUGAGCGAAAAGAUAUCAUUGCUUGGUUACAACAGCAUGGAACAAGCCCGAUUACUCGGGAGCCCAUGAAUAUCAAGUCACUACGUCCAAAUCACAUUGUGCGCAAGAUAAUCGACGAAUUCGCAGCAGUUUCCAAGAAGAAAGACUAUCAAUUUCAUCUCAACGUUGAUGUUCGCAGAACAGAAACACGACCCUGGUUUCAAACAUUCACUAAAGCAAUCUACAAAGCCGAAUGGGUCGGUAGACAAGGCCCACCAAUUGUUCUAAUUAAAAUCGAUGGUGCGAAGGCCAAUCGUGAAGCUUUCUUUUAUGUUCAACUGAGUUGUCAUCCACAUAUUGUUCGCACAUUUGGUCUUGUUGAAAAUGACAUAAAUUAUGUCAUGCUCGUGCAAGAAUGUGCAGAAAAGGGCAAUCUUGCCGAAUUGUUACGAGAAAACAAUUUCAAACCAACUAGAAACGUUCUCGUCGAAAUAUUUGCUCAAAUUAUUGAUGCGAUGAUUUGCCUUGCUGAUAACAAAAUAGUUCACGGAGAUUUGACCUGUCAAAAUGUUCUCGUUUUCCGGUAUAACCCAAUUAUUCCAGAAGACAACCUCGUCAAAUUGACUGGUUUUGGUCUCACUAAAGGCAGCGAUAUUUUUUCUGUAGCUGAUAGUUCGUCACAAACAGCAAUGACGACUAUUCCUGUCAGGUUCGCGGCACCAGAAAUACUUCGAACAAGCAACGAUAGAAUGCUUUAUUCAGAAAAAUCGGAUGUAUAUUCCAUGGCUGUGUUAAUGUGGGAAGCCUGUUCCUAUGGAACACUUCCUUUUGCCUCAUUGGCUGAUGAUAGGGAUGUCCGUCGCUGCAAAUUACGUGGCGAAAAGUUACCUCGACCGGCGAUUUGUGACGAAGACCUUUGGUCGGCUAUCGUCAAUUGCUGGAGAAUAGAAUCAUCUGAACGGCCAACAUUCAAAGAACUAAGACGUAAAAUAAUCCGUUUAGCUCAUGAAUCAGAUUCGACGUAA